UUUAAUUAAUUUUAUUUUCAAGUGUCAAAGAGCAUACAAAAGGUGUAUAUCGAGAUUAAUUUUUAAAAACGGAAAUGGCACACCCCUACAACCACAAACUCCAACCAAGAAAAGGAAAAUAUAAAGAGGCAAAAAAUUCCUCUCUCUUUGUCAAUAUUAUUGAUUUGUCUUGACAAUUUUUAUUCUUUAUAAAAUUUAAAAUAAAAUGAGCGCAAAUAUUGAAAAUAAAAAAUUUAAAAAUAAUUACAAUAUUCAUUCAACAAAGAAUUCUUUAUUAAGCAAAAAUUCAGAAUGGAAGGAUUUUAGUGGAAUUCGAAAUUAUUUUAUAUUUUUGGUGGUUAUUCUAAUUCUUCAAAAUAUUUUGGAAAGUUCACUCAAUUAUGGAGUAGUAGACACACUUCAAUAUAUUUAUAUUAGUUUAUGGAAUACUUCAAUUCAGUCCAAAGACAGUUUUCUGCUUCUGUUAAGCUCUAAUUUAACAAUUUUGAGUGUUUACUUUUUGGAGAUUUUCCUUUCAAAGAGAUGGAUACCGUUUAAAUUAGCUAUUUUAUUUUAUUUGGUGGUUUUGGUUAUACAUUUAAUUUUGCCUGUUUUUGUAUUAUUCAAAACAAAAGACAAUUUCUUUUUUGUGACUUUUUCGGUGGCCUGUUUAGUUACUGAAGGGAUGAAAUUAUUCUCUUAUGCUCAUGUCAAUUAUUGUUGUCGGCACUUGUUAUUAGCUAGAGAGAAUAAAUGUGAUGAUAAAUUACUAGCUGAAGAGGAUAUUCAAGAUGACCGUUUAAAGGAGAAAUUGCCUGAAAAAGAAGAAGAAAAUGUUAACGAAAAUAUUUGUAACAACGAAAACAAAGAAAUUGCUGAAGAGGAAUCUCCACAGGACAACAAUACUGUCACUAACCCAAUUUCAAAAGACAACAAAUUAUCACCAUUUAUUUUGGAAAUUUCAGCAAAUCAUUUAGAAUUAUAUCCACAGAAUUUAACUGUCAAAAAUUUAUAUUAUUUUAUUAUGGCGCCAACUCUUUGUUAUGAAUUGGAUUAUCCUGUUAUUCCAAAGAGGCGUUGGUCUUUAAUUCUUAAUCAUUUAAUUGAGUUUAUUUCUCUUGUUUACGUCAUGAUUGCUUUACAUAAGUAUUCUAAUCCAAUAUUGGCAAAAAUGGAACAACAGAAUCAAUUUUUAACACUUAUUCAAUUAUGUAUUCCAACGGCUGUUAUUUAUUUGAUUGGAUUUUAUAUUUAUUUUCAUGCAUAUUUGAAUUUACUUGGUGAAAUAAUGAAAUUCUCUGACAGGGAAUUCUAUGGUCCCGUAUGGAAUUCUGAUUCAAUAUUAGAUUAUUGGAGAAAUUGGAAUAAAAGAUUUACUCAAUGGUGUAAAAGGCAUCUUUAUAUACCUUUAAUUAAAUUAGGCUGGACUAAAUUUUGGGCACAAGAAGUAGUCUUUGUACUUUCUGAUUUGUUUCAUGCUUAUGCAUAUUAUUUUGUAUUCAAAAAAGUUCUUAUUGGAGGAAUGAUGACACAACCAUUAUUUGGAAGAUUAUUAGAGCGAAUUAUUGGGCGUGGACGUUGUGGAAAUUUCCUUUUCUGGUUUUAUAUUAUUUUCACUCAUGCAGGAGCGAGUAUUUUUCUAUAUGAACAUCUAAAAAAUAAACUGUCAUAA